AUGCGCUGUGACUGCGUUCGGCACAACUCAGCAGAUCAAAGGACGAGGGGGCGCGGCGAAGUUGUUGGAUUUACGACUGCCGGCGCCGCGUCACAGACUCAACGGGCAGGCAAGGAGCGAGCACUGGUUCCUACAGAAACGCGGCGCGAUCGCGGCGUUGCACGGCAACGGGUCUGCUGGCGGUCGGUCGGAAAGCGCCCGGGAAUUCCGGAGUUGAUUGAUAAGCCACUGGCCGAGCCCUGGGCGCCGCCGAGCGAGGCCCAGCCGCUCAUCUGCGGCGGCUCCAAGGGGUGCCCCUGUCUUUCGUGUGAGAAGCGGCGGAGAAGCCAAAAGUUUGCCUGCGCGUCGAGGGCGGGCCGCAACGAAUGA